GGGGAUGCGCGGGUGCGGCGGGGCUGCCUCCUUCCCCCCGCCCUCCCUGCCUCCCGCCCCGCUCCGCUCCCCGCGCACGCACACACACACACACUCACACACACACACUCUCACACACACUCACUCGCACACGGAUGUGGCACAGGCCCCCCCACGCCCCCCCCCCCCCCCCCGGUGGCUGUGCGUGCCUGAGCGCCUGCUGCCCGCCUGGCACGCGUGUCCCCGGGGGAGAAGCCGGGGACAUCGAUGGUGCCUGUCCCCCGUCCCCGCGUGUUCCCCCCCCCCCCCCCCCGGCUUUAAAUUUACCGAGGGGACAACGCGCGAAAGGCAGCGCGCCCGCGGGAGCCCCCGGGGCCGGGUGCGGGGCCGGGUGCGGGUGCGGGUGCGGGAGGGGCGGCCGCCGCCGCGCUGCCUUUGCGGCCCCACAUUGGUAUGCAGGCGGUGGCUGCGCCGGCAGGCAGACCGAAAAGGGUACUGUGCAAGCUCCCCGUUCUCAGAUGAACUGUGCAAAACUGCAUCAGUGUAUCUGCCUAACAAAUGUUCCCUGAAGAACCAUGAAGAUCCGGACGGUGUUUGCAUGGGCAUCCCGUUAGCUUGCACGCAUCGUCUGUGCCCUCAGUGCCCGAUUCACGGCCGUAACCCGCUUCCUUCCGCGCUCAGCUCGAGCGAUGGGCAGGCUGGUCGAGGCUGCAGAAGCAGGCGUCUGGCUCUGGGGAUCUCCGCUGCAGUCUUCCUUCAUCAAGACGGCGGUCAUCACGCAUGGUCAUUAGCUGCUUGCCCUUCCCCAGCCUGGAAAAGGCCCCUGCGGAGCAAGACGUGCCUUUGAACUGAAGUGAGAAGAUGGACGACAAGGCGCAGAGUGUUCCUGGGUUUGCCGAGAACAUUUUACUUACUUACCAAAUGGCGCAGCCUUGGCGGGCUGAGAGACCUUUAGCAGAGAGGAACUGUGGAACAGGAAAUCUGGGCUCGUUUCGCUGUGCAUGUCAGGCUGCGGCCAAAACCAGAGUAGCUGUGCUAACAUGUGAAAAGUCAUCUGAUAAAAGGCUGCUGCCAAAGAGGCACAACUCGGAGGAGGAAUAGCCUCAAUACGUUCGUUUUCUUGGUUUUGGUUCCAGAAGAUGCCUCUGUCUCAUGACUGUAAUAAUACUCAAUCAUCAUGCUAUAAUUAAGGGCUUUUCGUGUUAUCGUCUGUAGAACUGAUUACUUUGGGCUAUACCGUGCUCAUGCUGAGCUUCCUGGCAAAAUUCCCACUGACAUCAGUAAGAGAAGGAUUGGACCUUUCCUCAGCAGUUUACCGCUAUUGUUUGACAAUACCAUGCUUUUCAGACAGUUUGCAGUGGAGAUUAAAUAUUUAGACUCUUAAUUCUUGGAAUAUUAAAACGGCACUGUAGAGAUAA